GAGCACACGCGGAGUGAUGGCUGCAGCAGUCCUGGAUUGUGUUUACGACGCAGAGCACGAGAGCGGCAUAACCUCAGGAGAAACGGACACCGCGCGCGCACGGUUUUUAUACGCACAAUCAUCCACGCGCAGUGUCUACUAGUGAGCCUGUGAGACUACUCACUACAUUAGUCCGUUUGACGUCUCCGUCCUUCGGCGGGGUUCGGCGCUGUCUCCCGUUCGUUUAAACGUUGUUUUGGAGCGCAGCUGCAAGGGAGACCAACCCGCCUCCAGCCGUUAUCACAGAUGAGGAGCGCGAGCACACCGUGGAAACGAGAAACCAUUAAUCUCGGCCGUCAAAAUAUCAAGCACGCGACGCUAGCGCGCUGAUACUGGAAUCUAGAACGGCCCCCGGUCCCGUCUCUACCCAGCGGCGCUGCACAUAGCGAGGGGAACCCGAGAGCAUCCCUCCAUCCCACCCAGUCUAUCCUUCCCUCUCUCCCUCUCCCACCCCCAUCAUAAGCCAGAGCUCUAGGGGGAUCUCAUCUAGUCAGGGACCAGGGGGAAGGAGGGAGGCUGUUCGUGGCCGCGGUAGACGCACCCUCCGCGUGGUGAGGCUGGGCUGAAGCGCCGCUGUGUCGGAGGAUGCUGCGGGGAGUAGAGCGGCUCAGAGUGGAAGAUGGGGAAGGACCAGGAACUGCUGCAGGCGGUGAAGACCGAGGACCUGCUCACUGUGCUGUGCAGAAGCUGCUGCAAAGGCCUCGGCCAGGGAAAGCAAAGCUCCUCGGUUCUGCCAAGAAAGUGAAUGUCAACUUCCAGGAUACAGAUGGAUUCUCUCCGUUGCAUCAUGCGUCGCUCAAUGGGAACCUGGAGCUCAUCACUCUGCUGCUGGAGUCACAGGCUGCUGUUGACAUCAGAGAUCAGAAAGGCAUGCGGCCGCUGCACUACGCAGCCUGGCAGGGGAAGGCGGAGCCGAUGAAGAUGCUGCUGAAAUCUGGCUCAUCUGUCAAUGGACAAUCAGAUGAAGGACAGAUUCCUCUCCACCUGGCAGCGCAGCACGGCCACUACGACGUGUCGGAGAUGCUGUUGCAGCAUCAGUCCAACCCGUGUAUUGUGGACAACGCAGGGAAAACACCUCUGGACCUGGCCUGUGAGUUCGGCAGAGUCGGGGUGGUCCAGUUGUUGCUGUCCAGUAACAUGUGUGCUGCUUUGCUGGAGCCCAAAAAAGGAGACACCACCGACCCCAACGGGACAUCUCCUCUCCACCUGGCCGCCAAGAACGGACACAUAGACAUUAUCAGACUGUUGAUCCAGGCAGGUAUCGACAUCAACAGACAGACCAAAGCAGGCACUGCCCUGCAUGAAGCUGCCCUGUGUGGGAAGACCGAGGCAGUGAGACUCCUGCUGGAAAGCGGAAUCAAUGCCGCAGUGAGAAACACCUACAGCCAGACUGCACUCGACAUCGUCUACCAGUUCACUGCAACACAAGCCAGCCGAGAGAUCAAACAGCUGCUGAGGGAUGCGUCAGCGGCCCUUCAGGUUCGGGCUAUGAAGGAUUACUGCAACAACUACGACCUGACCAGUCUCAACAUCAAAGCAGGAGACGUCAUUACGGUUCUAGAGCAGCACCCUGACGGACGCUGGAAAGGCUGUAUCCAUGACAACCGAACAGGAAAUGACAGAGUGGGCUACUUCCCCUCUACCAUGGUGGAGGUCAUCAGCAAGCGCACAGGUUUGGCCAGCACAGUCAUUUGCACUCAACAGUUUCAAAAGAUACCGCUGGUUCCGCCGGCAACGGUUGCCCCUGCCAACGCGGUAGUCAACGGCAACGACACCACGUUCCAUCAGAUCCAUAUCCUGCCUCCACCGCCUCCUCCUCCACCACAUUCCCAUCAGCCACUGCUUCCACUUUUCACUUCCUUUGGCUAUAUCAAGUCGCCCGUGACAACCCCACAGGGAGACACCCCCACUGCCCCAGGUUGUCGCGGCUCAGAGGCAAGUCCUCACAGCUCUCCCACCACAUCCAGCGGGCCCCAUGGAGGCUCCAACGAAGAGAUCUGGGUACUGCGCAAGCCCGUGGCAGGUGGAGAUCGCAGCAGUGUCGGUAGUUCUGGCAGUGUGACCAGUGUGAGGUCGUCGGGCAGCGGUCAGAGUGCCGGCAGCACACACAUCCUCAAUCCACAGGCUGAGGGGGUUAAGCUUCUAGCCACAGUCUUGUCCCAGUCUGCCAAAGCCAAGGAGCAUCUACUGGAGCAGUCCAAGUCUGUGGACCAUCCUGCAGCAGGCUCCGCCAGCUCCUCUCGGACAUCGAGCCAAUCGGGCUGUCCACUCCACGAAGCGCCGCCUUACGACGCCACGGCAACCAGGAAGGGGGAGGGGCAAGGCGAGGGGAAGAGCUCAGAGGCCGUUGUCCAAUGGCUGAGCGACUUUCAGCUGCAGGUCUACGCUCCAAACUUCCUGGGCGCUGGGUAUGACUUGCCCACCAUUAGCGGAAUGACCCCGGAGGAUCUGACAGCUAUUGGAAUAACUAAACCCGGUCACAGAAAGAAGAUGACAUCAGAGAUUAAUAAACUAAGUGUCACUGAGUGGCUGCCUGAACACAAACCUGCCAAUCUGGGAGAGUGGCUGUCUGCUAUUGGUCUUAGCCAGUACCACCAGGUGUUGGUGCAGAACGGUUACGAGAAUAUCGAGUUCAUCACUGACAUCACCUGGGAGGACCUGCAGGAAAUAGGCAUCAUCAAACUGGGCCACCAGAAGAAGCUGAUGCUGGCGGUGAAGCGACUGGCUGAAUUGCAGCGCGGCUCAGAUGGGUGGGGCUCCCUCAGAAAGAAGCCCCCGCCCAUCACACAGCAGCAGGAAGUCAUGUCAAUAGACAGUCCGCCUCCAGACGAGGUUAUGUCUCCAAAGAUGAGCACUUUCCAGGACAGCGAGUUGAGCACCGAGCUGCAGAGUGCCAUAACCCAGCCAGGUCAAGAGGUCAAAGCUCAGAGAACACGCAGCAAAGACCACGAUGAGGUGAUGACAGGAGGAGGUGGAGGAGGAGGAGGAGGAGGAGGUGGUGCUGGGCUACCACCUAAGAAGGAGGCGCGGACUAUGAGGCAGCAGAGCAGCCAGGGAAGCACCACCUCUCACAGAGGCAGUGUCUCCUCUCAAGGCAAACACCGUCACUCCCACUCCCACUCCCAGCCUGCGCCUCCCUACACACCCCCUCACACCCCUACUAAGGCCAGAACCUCAUCUUCCUCUUCCACCUCCUCCGUCCAGAGCACAGUUUCCCCGCAGGCCAAACACAAGCCGUCCCCCCAGUUCAUCCAGGGGGAGAGACCUCAGUCUCCGCGUUCCCACCCCCCUCAGUCUCCAACCCAACGUGGGCCUCCGUGUACCCAGCUUUCACCCCAGCAACAACAGCAGCCUCAAGUCCAACCGCAACACCAGGCACACCCUCAGCACCAUCCACAGACACAGGUGAUAGAGGUGAGGGAGAACCAACAGCCACAGGUGCCACUCCUCUGCCUCCCACCAGAGGCUGAGCCAACUGAGGGAGAAGAAGAAGAGCCUUCGGCACUGCAGAAUAAACGUGCACACAGUCUCACCCGAUACGCCGUCUCAGAUGGUGAGUGUGAUGAGAAGGCAGGAUGUGGAGGGCGAGAGGCAGGAGGAGAAGCGAAGGUGACUGUAGGUCGGGGCCCUGCCGUCAUCAGAGGGGAUGGAGUUAAAUACGCCACAGUGACCCACCGCGUCAGCCGCAGCCACUCUGUUCGCAACCAGGACAAGAACGUCCACCGCAACCACUCGCAGACAUUAGCUCUGCGUCAGAAGAAAAAAGGCCCGCCCCCACCACCUCCAAAACGCUGCAGCUCUGCCAUCUCCACCUCCAACUCCAACCUGACAGAAGGCAACGCACAGCCGCACUCACUCACCACCACGGGGGGGAUGCUGGACGUGCCCUACCACCAACAGCGACGGGCCAGCGACCUGGGGGUGUCUGUGGAGGCGGUUAUUGAAGAGACAAGCAGCGUGGGUACUGUGAGGAGCAUCGCCGCUAUGUUGGAGAUGUCUUCCAUAGGAGGUGGAGCCAAAGGCAUGGCACUGCAGAAGAAUUUCCUGCAGGUGGGGAAAACACGGGAUGCUAUUGGUCUGGAUGGUGAAGUGGUGAACCGACGGCGGACGAUCAGUGGCCCGGUAACCGACCUGGUGGCGGCUGCCAGGCGUGAACAACCAACUCCCUCUGCUUUUCCCUCGCCCUCCGUCCAGCCUGAAACCUCCCCUCCACCUGUAAAUUCCUCCUCCCCCAACAAUCCGUCCUCCCCCCACCCAAGCUCGGGAGGCAGUGGCAGUUCAUCUGAGAACCUGCCGUUUGCAGAUGAGGGAAGCCUGACCAUCCGCCGCCAGGGUCGAGGAGAAGGAGAAGGACAGUGUGUAUUUUGUAUUUGUCUGCAGGGUGACGGCGAGGGUCCCCAGGGGGAAGUGGACUACACGCAGGAGGACAUCUCCAGGGUCGAGGCCACGGCGACCUUGAAGCGACGGGCCCGCAGCUCCAAACCCCACCCUAACGGCUCCGACUUCACCCUCCAGGAGUCGUCCACGGUCAAACGACGGCCCAAAAGCCGCGACAAGGAGCCUGAGGGUUACGCAGACAUGGCCGCUAUUGGAGAUUCUCCUGGGACUGGGCAGCCCAACACCACGCAGCCUGUACCCUAUCAGAAUGGCACGGCCACAAUGAAACGCCGCCAGGUGUCUGAUCCUGGAGUGACAGAGCAGCCGCAACCUCAACCGCAACCUCAACAGCAACCUCAACAGCAACCUCAACAGCAACCUCAACAGCAACCACAACCGCAAGUGACUGCUGCUCCCCGCAGGGACAGCAUGGACCAAGGAGCUCCAUUCGCCAAUGAAGGAGGUCCAGUGAGAAAACCAAAGCCUCCAGUCUCCCCUAAGCCUAUCGUGGCACAGAUAAAGAGACAGGGAGGCCCGCCAACCCCCCCACAGCCUGUCUCCAACAAGAGAAUCCCCCUGCCUGGCCCGGGGACGCCUGGAAGUCCAGUGGAAGGAAAGAAGAUCCCUCCACCUGUCUCACCUAAACCGGCGCCCCCGCCCACGGCACCCAAACCAGCCAAGCUCAUCCACUCCCUGACCAGCCCCCCCUUCCCGAGCCCGGCCAAUAACCCCGUCAAGCAGCACCCAGCGGUAGCCCGACAGACCAGCUCCCCCCCCUACUUCCCCCCUGCCAACAUCCCCAGCCUGCCAAACGCCAAGCCGCUGAGCCCGUCUCCCCAGAGCCCCCACACCCCGCAGACCCCCACUACCCCACAAACGCCCCAAACUCCCGCCACUCCCAGCCCGACCCCGCCGCCCGUCAAGCCCCCUCGUUCCUCCAUCGGGGGUGUGUCGGUGGACAGUGGGAUGAUGGGAGGCGGGGUCACGGCGCCGGCAGCUACGACGCCGGACUUCGGUGUAGAUUCGUUGGUGCAUCAGAAGCUCGAGGAGACGAGUGCGUCACUGGCCGCCGCUCUGCAGGCCGUGGAGGAUAAGAUACUGCGGCAGGAGGACUCUGUGGCUGAGCAGAAGACCACGGUUAGCAUCCUCGACGACAUCGGCAGCAUGUUCGACGACCUGGCCGACCAGCUGGACGCCAUGUUGGAGUAACCAUAGAAACCAAUCAGCAUGUCUCCAUGGCAACGCUGCAUCAGGAGUGACUCAGAUGGCACAAUGGGCAACUUGCCUCUCUAUCUCUCUCUCCCUCUCUUCAUCCUCGUCUCUCUGUCGCGCUCAGCCGCUUCUCACUUCCUCUCAUCUCCUGUCGCUCAUGAUGAUGAUGAUGAUGAUGAUGAUGAUGAUGAUGAUGAUGAUGGUGAUGAUGAUGACCAGGAUGAUGGCCUGGGCAGACAUGUGGCAGAGAGAGCGCAAGAAGGAAGAAUGGAUGAAGAGAGAGACACUAUAAGAGAGAGAGAGUUUGAAAAAAGGACCAAAAACUAAUGAUGUUGAGAGAAAAGAAAAAAAAAUCACAAGAUGAAGAAAUGCAACAAAAUGGAGGAGACUGCAAUCAAAACGUGGGUCUUUCCAGAACUCCACAUGGACUCUUGAAGCUAUGGUGGCGAACAAAUAAACUAAACUAAUACUGAUUGAAACGCCAACUGUGUAAUGAAUCAUAGUAUGGUAUGUGUACAUUCUAAGCAUGGAGAGUUUAUAUCUACUGAAAAAGUCCUGCAUUAGCACAGUAAUAUAUAAUAUAACGAUAAAUAUGAAUCUCUA